UACAUUUACAUGACAACUUUUUAUUUUUGAACAACAAAAAUUCCGGCAAACUUGGGCUUUAAUUCUGGAACAAAACACCAGGAGUUUUGUAUCAAAAAGAAAAGUAUUGGUGGACUGGUGGAGUAAACGUUAAGAGUCUUGUUUGGAGAUGGGUGGUGGGACAUUUGCUCUGGCCGUGUUGGUGACUCUCUUACUGGUCGAGGUUGCAGAGGGCAGGAGGCCACGGGGGGGCCGAAUGCAUUCAUCGCCCUCCUACCGGGGCAGGAGUGAAAGUCCAGAGAGUUUUCCCCUGGACUUCACACCAGUAGAAGGUAACAUGGACACGCUGAUGCGGCAGGUGCAGAACCUGGCCCAGUCUCUGUACCCCUGCUCCACCCGCAGGCUAGACCAGGACAUGAAGCUGCGUUUUCUGGACAACUCUACAGUCACCUGCAAUGACGGCUCAUCUGCAGGGUACUACAUAAAGGAGUCUAAAGGAAGCAGAAGGUGGUUGGUGUUCUUGGAGGGUGGAUGGUACUGCUUCAGUAAAGAAAACUGUGACAGCAGGUAUGACACCAUGAGGAGGCUGAUGAGCUCCAGCAGGUGGCCCAGCACUCGCACAGGUACAGGCAUUCUGUCUCCUCAGCCUGAGGAAAACCCACACUGGUGGAAUGCAAACAUGGUAUUCAUUCCUUACUGCUCCAGUGAUGUGUGGAGUGGAGCUUCGCCAAAAACAGACCAAAAUGAUUAUGCCUUUAUGGGCUCUCUGAUCAUUCAGGAAGUUGUGAACGAACUUCUGACCAAAGGACUGGACAAUGCUAAAGUCCUUUUGCUGGCAGGGAGCAGUGCUGGAGGUACAGGGGUGCUGCUGAAUGUGGACCGUGUGGCUGAGCUCCUGAAAAGCCGAGGUCACGGGUCAGUUCAGGUCAGAGGCUUGGCUGACUCUGGCUGGUUUCUGGACAAUAAGCAGUAUCGCCGCACAGACUGUGUGGACACCAUCAGCUGUGCUCCCACAGAGGCCAUCAAACGGGGCAUCAGGUACUGGGGAGGCGUUGUACCUGAGCGAUGCAGACUGGCUCACACAGGAGAGGAAUGGAACUGCUUCUUCGGCUAUAAAGUCUAUCCAACACUGAAAAGUCCAGUCUUUGUGGUGCAGUGGUUGUUUGAUGAGGCUCAACUGACAGUAGAUAACAUCCAUCUAACGGGUCAGCCGGUACAGGAGGGUCAGUGGCGGUACAUUCAGAACCUGGGUAUCGAGCUCAGGAACACCCUCAAAGACAUCCCGGCAAUGUUUGCACCCGCCUGUUUAUCACAUGAGGUGAUCACAAGAAAUUACUGGAUGGACGUGCAGGUGAAGGGCACAUCUCUGCCACGUGCACUCCAGUGCUGGGACCGCAGCCUCCACCACAGCCCCCGUAAUCAUGGCAACAGCAGCAGCAGUAGCCCCCGCUCUGUGCCCCGAGGUUGUCCACUGCACCUCAUCGACAGCUGCCCCUGGCCGCACUGCAACCCCACCUGUCCCACCAUCCGUGACCAGCUGACAGGACGGGAGAUGAACGUGAUCCAGUUCCUCACGCAUAUGGGCUUCGACGUGCAGCGCAUGGCACAGCAGCAGGGCCUGGAGCCCAGCAAACUACUGGGCAUGCUCAACAGCGGCACCUGAGCGGAGCCACAUACAGGCAGGCUGAAGAAUGAAGAGUUGGAGAGGAACUAGCUAGUCAGAACACAUUAGAAAGAACUGCACUAGCCAAUUAAAUUUCAACAAGAAUGUAUGAGGGAAAGUCUGAUGGGUUUACACAUUGUGUUUUUAUGAAUUAGGCUGCAAAAGUUUGCGGUUUAGCAGUUUGGCCUUUCAGAGUUGGACACUCUGACAAAAAACACAUUAUAAAAAAGAUCAUAAAUGUACAGUCAAUGGCAACUUUAUUAGACUCCCCUUCCAUGUAGCUCCACCUUGCUGUUCUUCAUCCUCAUCAAUGGCCAGUUUCUGACCACAAAGCCAAUCAUGGUUGGAUGUUUUUGGGUUGUGGGCAACCUAGCAAUGAUACUAUCAUGUGUAAAACAGUUCAGGCUAUGUAUCUUAAAAAUUUUAUAUGAGGGAAAAAAAACAUUUAUAGUUCCUGCCAGUGCCCUUAUGGGAUUGUAGCAAAUGUUAGCACAAAGCUAAUGACGAUUCACAUUUUUGGCUGUUCUAGAUUAAACAUGGAUAUGAAAAGUUAUAAAAGACACUCAAUGCUUUAUUUCAAGGUUGUAACAGUAAAGAGGAAAGAGACAGUAAAGAGCCCUUUCAUA